CUCCCACGCCAACGUCUCCGGCACCUCUCCAUCCAUGAAUACCUCAGCAUGAAGCUGUUGAAGGAGGCCGGCGUUUCCGUCCCGUAUGGCUUGGUGGCGAGGACACCAGAAGAAGCGUACAAAGUGGCGAGGAAGAUCGGCACCAAUGACUUGGUGGUGAAGGCCCAGGUGGUUGCCGGGGGACGGGAGACGGGAGUCUUCGAAGGGGGCCUGAAGGGGGGCGUGCAGAUUGUGUGUUCUCCGGAGGAGGCCAAGGAGGUGGCCGCUCAAAUGAUCGGCAAGAGGCUCUUCACCAAGCAGACAGGGGAGAAAGGACGGAUCUGUAACCAGGUUUUUGUCUGCGAACGCCGUUACCUGCGGAAGGAGUAUUACUUUGCCAUCACCAUGGAGAGGGACUUCCAGGGACCGGUCAUCAUCGCCAGCUCUAAGGGCGGCAUCCAAAUCGAAGACGUGGCAGCUGAGAAACCGGCGUCUAUCCUGAAGGAGCCGGUGGACAUCGUGACGGGCCUCCGCAUGAGCCAGGCCGUUCCGUUGGCCGGGAAGAUGGGCUUCCCUCCACAGGUGGCAGAAGAAGCAGCGGACACCAUGGUCAAGUUGUACAACUUCUUCAUCGACUACGACGUGGUCAUGCUGGAGAUCAACCCACUGGUGGAGGACUCCACCGGGAGGGUGAUGUGCAUGGACGCCAAGGUCAUUUUCGACAGCAACUCGGCCUUCCGUCAGCAGAAGGUCUUUGAGCUGCAGGAUUGGACCCAGAUGGACGAGAAGGAGAGGGAGGCAGCCAAUGCGGAUCUGAACUACAUCGCGUUGGACGGGAACAUCGGCUGUUUGGUCAAUGGGGCGGGCUUGGCCAUGGCCACCAUGGACAUCAUCAAGCUACAUGGCGGUGAGCCAGCCAACUACCUCAGCGUGGGCGGAGGGGCCACAGUGGAGCAAGUCACCGAGGCCUUCAAGCUGAUCACCUCCGACGAGAAGGUCCAGGCGAUUCUGGUCAACAUCUUCGGCGGGAUAAUGCGGUGCGACGUCAUCGCCCAUGGGAUCAUCAUGUCCGUCGAGGACCUGGAGCUGAAGAUCCCCAUCGUGGUGCGCUUGCAAGGGACCCGGGUGGCCGAUGCCAAAGUCCUGAUCGCCGAGAGCGGCUUGAAGAUUCUGGCUUGCGACGAUCUGGACCGGGCAGCCGUGAUGGCCGUCACGCUCGCUGAGAUCAUGACGUUGGCGAAAGAGGUGGGCAUCGAUGUGAAGUUUCACUUGCUCUCCUGA